CGAGGCGAUGAUGAUGGUGAUGAUGGUCAAGGCCAUCAGUGAUGCUAAGGAGGAUUGAGAUGGUCCGAUACCCCUUGAGCCAAUGAGGAUAUUUUCUGAUUUAGCUUGGGGGGUGUUUCACUCACUUGUACAUAUUAGGUUUGAUUAUGAGAAAUUGGUCGUUUUAGACCCGUUUCAUUGUUGAUCAAGGCCACUAUAUGAGUCCGAGAAGUUCGGGACCUCCAUCGUCGACUUUCGGGAGCCUGAGAUGCUUAUGGUUGAGCCCCGAGAGUUAGACUUGGUGAUACGGGCGAGAUACAUUGAAGAUUGCAAAUCGCCCUGGAAGCUGAGGGCGAAAUGCAACCAUCGGGCGGAAGUAUAAGCAAGCCAAGUUCAUCAACGCGCGCCCGAUCGGGCGCAGCUCGCCCGAUCCGGAUCGGGCGGUCAAUCUGGAGGCUUUGUGGAGAUUUCGCAAUCCGCCCGAUCGGGCGGAUUUUGGCCCGAUCGGGCCGACUAUCGAGUGAUUCGCCCGAUCGGGCGAAGCGUCGCCCGAUCGGGCGACGCCAACCUCCAGCAGUUUUUCGCGUUUUUAAUUCCGUUUUUAGGCCUUAUUUUGGCAAAACUAUAUAAGCAAACUUGUUUUAUUUUUUAGGGAUAUCUUAUUUUCGAGCACUAAACCCUUAGUUUAUUUUUCUAAGUUUUAUUUCCUCUCUACAUUAAUUCAAGCACUUAGUUCGAUUUAUAAAAAAACACAAGCUUUCAAUUUCCAUUGUUCGAGAAUUAGGUAUUGCUUCUUACUUUAAUUUAUUCUAUUGCUUUGAUCAUGUUUUCCAUUAUGUUAAUCGCUUUGUUAUUAGUUAUCAUGAGUGAGUAGUUUAAUUUCUAGGGUUUAGGGGAUCCAUGAAUGCAUGAUUGGGAUUAUAUGUGGACUUGAUUAUUUGAUUGAUUGAUUAUAAUUUCUAUAGCUUAUUAUUAUUGCUCGUCAAUUCUGUUCGGCCGGACUAUUUUGAUUUGAGUUUGAUUAACCUUAGAUUAUGCGCCGAGAGGUAUAAAUCUGAUGUUUUUGGUCUGUGGCUAUUAGAUGGGAAUUAUUUCUAGUACGUAGCGAGAGCCCGCUAGUUGUUCUAUCCUAAGGAAUUCAUAAGAUUCGAGAGAUGCAUGUUUUCCUAGUUAUGAUUGUUAAUUAAUUGUUAUUGUCUGUUGUCCAAUCCCGGUCUGCAUUUGUGGUGAACCGCUGCCCUAGAUUCCCUUAAUAUUGUUAUAUUCCAGUUUGAUUAUUUGCCUUAGCUUAAUAUACAAACCAAUCCAAUUCUUUGUUACCAGUAGUCUAGAUUAGUUAAUUAAUAGUAGAAAGAACAUUGUUUCCCUGUGGAUACGAUCCCUGCUUCCCUUGCUAUAUUUUUAGUUGGUGAACGUUAGGUUUAUCUUUGAUAGGAGUGCGAUUUAGCCUGUCAAAUUUUGGCGCCGUUGCCGGGGAAACGGUUUUAUUUUCUGUUAUUAAUUGUUUUUCUGGAUUAUUGUUUGUCACUUCUCAAGGGACUCCCGUUCCUUGAGACCGGAUCUCACGACUGUUUUCUAGUUCCUGCUUGUUUAUGCCCAGGACUGUCCAUACCAGCGAUCUGACUUCGUUCGAUCCUGAACCUGAACGGACCUUUCGUAGACGGCGUAGAUUCGUUGAACAGUUGAGAGACUAUUCUGACUCUGAAUCCGACCAUCUGAUUAGCAAUCUAUUCCAUACAGAUUCAGAGAUGGGUGACCAAGCACCACCACCCCCACUUGUGCCAAGGCUUACAGACUAUUCUAAACCAAGUCUGUCUAUGCUUCCCAAGGCAAUCAUGCCUUCCAUUGCGGUCGAGAAUUUCAAGAUUGAACCCCAACUGAUAAACAUGAUCGAGAGACACCAAUUCGGUGGGGAAAAGGGUGAAGAUCCCAAUCUCCACAUUCAGUCUUUCAUUCAGUAUUGUGCCACCAUUAAGCAGAAGAAUUUAACACCGGAGCAGACUAUGGAGAUACUCUUUCCAUUUUCAUUGAGUGGGAAGGCCAAGCUAUGGAUUAACAGUCUCAACCGCGCAGCUAUGAAAAUCACCGAUUGGAAUUCUUUGGCCCUCGCAUUCUAUGUUAAAUAUUUCCCACCUGAGAAGACAGCUCGUCUGAGGGGUCAGAUAUUAGGUAUCUCUCAACAAGUAGAUGAGAGUUUGUUCGAAGUUUGGGAGAGAUUCAAGGACUUGCAAAGAGAGUGCCCACACCAUGGUUUAGAUGACUGGUUCCUGGUUCAGCAGUUCUACAAUGGUCUGGGUAAUGAAUCUAGGUGUCUUUUGGAUUCAGCUGCCAGUGGGAGAUUUAUGCAACUGGAGGUGCCUAGAGCUUUGGAGGUGAUUGAGGAGAUGGCCAUCCAUAGUGCCCAAUAUGGGAAUCCCAGAGGUUUUGCCGACCGAGGUGUUAAGCAUGAGAUGAAUUCUAUUGAACAGCUUACUGCUCAGCUAACUGCCCUACAUCACAAGCUCGACAAUAUACAGAUCGCAUCUUCCCAAUCUUCCCAAUCCACCCAACAUGCUAGUGUCGCUGCAAUGAGUGCCCAAUCUGCUAAUGUAUGUAAUAGUUGCGGGAUGCAGGGCCAUUAUGCACAGGUAUGCCGAAGCUCCAUCGAACAAUGCAAUGCAUUCCAGUCCUACAAGCAGAACAAUCCGUAUUCCAACUCAUACAAUGAGGGGUAUAAAAACAACCCCCUAUUAUCAUAUAGGAGUACUAAUGUUCAGAACCCCCACCAGAUUCAACACCCUCCACCACCACAACAACCCUACCAACCGCGGAGCAACUACAACUCGCAACCUAGUGGAUCACCUGGCUUACCACCACAACCUCAACCCACACAACCUGAUCCCAUGCUUGUAGAGAUGAGGAAUAUGAUGUUGGAAUUGCAGAAAUCUCUAAGCGAAAAGGAUGCCAAAAUCGAUGCCCUCACUGCUCAUAACAAGAUCAUGGAUAAACAGUUGGCACAAAUGGCUACCGCUCUUGCAGAGAGACCCAAAGGUCAACUCCCUUCACAGCCUGUGACCAGAGAGUCUGUAAAUGCUGUCACUCUGCGGAGUGGAUAUGAGUAUGAUGGGCCACCUAUGACUAUAGAGGAAGGGGUUGAAGUAUCUGUUAGUGGUGCUGUGCCAAGAGAAAGUGAGAAGGUGGUCAAGGAUAAGGAAGCUGACACAGGGGUUGAGAAGAAAGUUGAGAUACAAGUUCCACCUAUCAAACUUCCCUUCCCUCAUCGUCAGCUAAAGAACAAGCUAGACAAGCAGUUUGGUAAGUUCUUAGAAGUGGUAAAGAAUCUGCAGGUAACAGUCCCUUUCACUGAAUUAAUUACUCAAGUACCUGCAUAUGCUAAAUACAUGAAAGACAUCUUGACUAGGAAGAGAGCAUUUAGUGAGGUGGAGACUGUUGCAUUUACUGAGGAGUGCAGUGCCUUACUACAAAAUAAGUCUCCACCCAAGUUGAAGGACCUCGGGAGUUUCUCUAUCCCGUGUAAUAUUGGCAACCUUUUUAUUGACAAAGCCUUAUGUGAUUUAGGUGCCAGUGUUAGUGUCAUGCCCCUGUCUGUAUGUACUAAGUUGAACAUGGGUGAUUUAAAAGUUACCAACAUAACUCUGCAAAUGGCCGAUAGAUCUGUAAAAUACCCCCUAGGUGUCUUAGAAGAUGUGCCUGUUAGAGUAGGUAAAUUCUUUAUUCCUGUUGAUUUUGUUGUUUUAGACAUGGAAGAGAAUAGGCAAAUUCCUAUUAUUUUAGGUCGGCCUUUCCUACACACUGCGGGGGCAAUCAUAGAUGUCAAGAAUGGCAAGUUGACGCUAAAUGUGGGAGAUGAUAAGGUUACUUUCAAUUUAACCCAUGUUGCUAAGAACCCUAUGGUAGAGGAGUCAUGUUUUGGAGUCAAUAUUUCUAAUGAUUAUUUUAAUACCGAAUUGACUCAUACUAACUCUAAUAACUCCUCGGAAAAAGCACAUGUUUCAAAUUGUCUUGCAGGUGGAGGUGAUCGGAGUAUACACUCUUCGGCAUGGGUUCGAAAGAAGGGACGGAUUGAUGAUGCCACGACCCAAGGGGCCGAAAGUUCUGUAAACGGUGGACAUCGUGUUCACGAUCGGGGUCGUGAUCUGUCACUUCCCGCACCACACAGCUCAUCCAAGGUAAUCGAUGUGACACCAGGUGGCACCAUCUUUGGUGCCCCCAUUCGAUGAGCUGUCGUGGCUCUCAUCCCUUUCAUGUCUAUUGUCUGCGCAUAAACGGAGAUUGUGUAAUGGGGACAUUACAUCAAUCUAAUAGGGGAUGAGUAUUUCAUUAUCCAUUUAUUGCCUUAGUAGUAUAAGCUUGAUUGUUGAUUCUAAUUUUUGUGUGUUUAGUUAGUAUUUUCCAUUACCUACGUGUGUUUAAGUAUUUCUAUUACCUACGUGUGUUUAAGUAUUGUUUUUGGUGUUAGUGAGGCGAGAAGAGGGCAUUACGCUGUUUGGGUGUUUCUUAAUGUGCAGGCCUAAAGCCCCAAGUUCGAGAAAGUGAAAUUAAGCUCAAGGCCAAGCACACUGCAAAUCGCCCGAUGCGGAUCGGGCUAGCUGCGCCCGAUCGGGCGCGCACGGAUGAUUUUCAUAAAGCUUAUUUCUGCCCGAUCGGGCGCGGAAUGCCCGAUCGGGCGGACUGGCGAGUGGAAUGCUCGAUCGGGCGAUUUUAUAUUGCCCGAUCGGGCGGUCUAGCGAGUGGAAUGCCCGAUCGGGCGAAAUUAUUUUGCCCGAUUGGGCGGUUGAGGAAAAUUCGUGGAAAAGUCAAGGAGGAAUUCUGGGCAGAAAAAGUCAAGAAAAGAGGCAAUCGCAAAUCGCCCGAUCCGGAUCGGGCGAGCUGCGCCCGAUCGGGCGCGUACGGAUCAGAAGAAAAGGAUCGCAAGCCGC